AUGGCAAAGAGCGCGCUGGCCAAGGACCAGUUUGUCAAACUGAUUGUUGGCGCUGGCCAGGCCAGCCCUAGUCCCCCGGUCGGCCCGGCCCUAGGCAGCAAAGGUGUGAAGAGCAUGGACUUUUGCAAGGAAUUCAAUGCCCGCACCGCCCACAUUAACCCUGGGGUGCCCAUCCCUGCGCGCGUCACCGUCCGCCCCGACCGCUCCUUCACCUUCGACCUGCGCACGCCCACCGCGACCUACCUCCUCCUCAAUGCCGCCAAUGUCGAGCCACGCAAGGGCCGGCUGCGUGGGGCGAUGAACCCAGGCCACGAUGUAUGUGGCAAGAUUUCGCUGAAACAUGUGUACGAGAUCGCGCAGAUCAAGCAGUCGGAGACACGGUUGUCGGGGCUGAGCCUGCAGGGCCUGUGCAAGAGCGUGAUGGCGCAGGCCCAGUCGAUUGGCAUCCAGGUGGUGCCAUGA